AAAAUGACUGUUGGUGAAAAAAAUCAAAAAAAGACAAAUAAAACCAUCUUACUUGUGGGUGAAACAGGAGCAGGAAAAUCUACUCUGAUCAACGCUUUGGUCAACUACACGAUGGGAGUGAAGUGGGAGGAUGAAGUCUGGUUUAAGAUUGUAGAGGAGGAGGAGAAAAGUCAAUCAGUAAGUCAGACAUCAGAUGUGAUCGUGUACGAGAUCUUUGGUUUUGAAGAUGAAACUCUGCCCUACUCUCUGACCAUCAUUGACACGCCUGGAUAUGGUGCCACCAAAGGGAUUGAGAGUGAUGUCAUUGUUAGUGAAAGAUUAUUUGACUUGUUUCGAUCAGAUGAUGGAGUUCAAGAAGUUCAUGCAGUGGGUCUAGUGAUGAAGGCGAGUGAUAAUCGACUGAGUGAUCGAUUGAGGUACAUCUUUGAUUCAGUGAUGUCUCUGUUUGGAAAAAACCUGGAGAAAAACAUUGUAGCUCUGAUCACACACUCAGAUGGUGUAACACCUGAAGAUGCUCUUGAAGCUCUUGAAGCUGCAAAAAUAAAAUGUGCCAGAAAAGAGGAUGAGCCAGUUUACUUCCUGUUCAAUAACCAACAGAAAAAAAAGAGAAGACAGAAAGACAAGGUGGGUUUGGAUAACGCAUGGAGAGUAUCAGAGGGAGGAAUGAGUGAAUUCUCAGAAUUCCUGGAAAAUAUUGAACCUCAGAAACUGAUGACAACUGUUGAAGUGUUAAAUGAACGCAUCAGAUUGACAGCCUGCAUUCAAAACCUGCAAGAAAGAAUGGAUUUUAUUGAAUUAAAACAGACAGAAAUAAAACAGACUCAAGAGGCUUUGAAGAAACAUGAAGAUGAGAUGAAGAUAAAUAAGGAGUUCACUAUAGAAUUUGAUGAGGUCUCCAAAGUUAGAGAAGAUAUCGAGGUUGGGUGGUGGUGCUUGUUGGCUGGGUAUGCAGGAGCUGUCAGCUGUAAAGUCUGUGAGGAGAACUGUCACUAUCCUGGAUGCACAAUGGCCUGGAAACCUGCACACUGUGAGGUCAUGAAAGGAGGCCGCUGUACUUCUUGUACCAACAAGUGUCCUGCAUCAGAUCAUGUGAAAGAAAGGAAGAUCUAUUUAUUAAUUGAGAAGAUGAAGGAGGAAGGAGACACAGGGAAGGUCCAGAAACUGGAGGAGAUGAGAAGCAGAGUGGAUGAAGGUGCCAGAGGAGCUCUGCAGUACAUACUUCACAUACCUGCAGUUAUGAAAAAAUUUGGGAAAACCUUAUGGAAUAAGAUGAAAAACCAUCAGACAGCUUUGUAG